AUGUGCACUGGAAAGUGUGCCAAGUUCAUUGGGGGGGCCCUGUACCCCUUCGCUGUCAUCUGCAUCGUCUCCAAUACACUCCUCUUCUUUCCGGGAUGGACCUUGGAGGUCGCCGAGAACACUGGGCUGAAACUGACGAGUGAGGUUUCGACUUGCUUGGGCAUUGUGGGCGGUGGAAUACUGGUCAUCAUUACAGCUGCUCAGAUUCAUGCGUCUGGAAGGAAAGGAUGCUGCGGAAACAGAUUUGGGAUGUUCCUAUCCAUCCUGUGCGCUGCUAUUGGACUCACUGGAUCGCUGUUUUGUCUUGUCAUGUGCGUUACAGCGAUACACCGCGGGCCUGUCUGUGCCUAUGACUCGGGCCACAUUAAUACCACUGCCCAUACUACUGAGAAUGACACUCUAAUCUGGGGGCGCCCAUUCGAAUUUCCAUUGCCGGAAUACAACAAUGAAAACUAUAUCUACCAUAAGGAGUCAUGGAGUAUCUGUGUAAAACCACCAAAUGUGGUGGAGUUUAACUUAAUUCUGUUCUCCAUCCUGUUGGCUUCCAGCUCCUUUGAGGUCAUCCUGUGCGCCAUUCAGCUUUUCAAUGGUUUAUUUGGAGCAAUCUUUGGCACCUGCAUCAAAAAAGAUAUAACUGAUUACAAGGAUAUGGAGAAAGAUAAUAGUGACUAUAAUUAUAAGGACACCACAGUUAUUUGUGAGAAAAAAGAGGCCAAAUGUUGA